AUGGCGGCGGCAAGCACACCAGGCAAGUUGCACUGCAAAUCUGAAACGGAGAUCCACAGCGAAGAUGUGAGGAGCAUAGAAGCUGCUUUUGCCCGAUUCUGGCACAAGCUAAAUAAAAAGCUGCAAACACCUCAAGCGACCCUGCAACCCCUAACGGGUACGAGUAAACACGACCGUGCCCACGGGGAAAAGAGAAAAGUACCGCCACACAAGCAGACAGUACACAAGAAUGGAGUUGGGAACGAGGGGAAGAGGCCCCCCACUCUGGGCACAGCAACUGACCCCAAACCAGCAGCGCAAGCACAAUGCCUGCCGAGGCCGAGAGGAAACCACCGCCGCAGCAUCAACCAUCCUGCAGGGGGACUGCCCGCCGCAGGCGGCGAAGAUACACCGGCUCCACCUGAACCCAACAAGGGAGUCAGUGGUCCGAAGAUACCACCCUCCAUAAAGGCCUGGGGCUGGAGGGGGACCUCGACCCACAACUACUGCACCGACUUUACAUGCCUUCCUACCCCUGACAACAACUGGCCACGAACAGGCAUGGGAUGA